AUGAGUUAAUCUAAUGAGUAGUUAACAUAGGAAAAUAUUGAUGACAAUAAAGUAUUAAUAACUCAAAAAGAAGAUGAAAAUGAAGUUAAACAUAGUUUUGACUAGGGAAAUCAUUAGGAUACUAUGGAUAAUGAAAUAUCUAAUAUAUAGCAAGAAAUAUAUGAAUCAAUUUUAGCAUCUGACAAUACUAAGUAAGCUUAGCAAUCUCUUUUAAGCAAUGAGUAGCAUUCAUCUCAAACUACAAAUAAUAAAGCGAGACAUUUAAGAGAUGCCAAAUAAAUAUAGAAGCCUAUUUCUACACAUAGUUUUGAUAUCUAGAAUUAAAGUUCUCUAUCGUAGACAUCCAAAAAAAAAAAAAAUUCUGUAAUGACAUAAAUUGAUUAAAUUUAAGAAUAGGAAUAAGUUGUAGCUCCAUUUAUUCCUAAACCUCCUCUGGUCAAUCAUAUACCUAUAACUUAAAGUUCACCUUCCCUUCGCAUUUAUAAUGGAGGUAAAAAAAAACGUAUUAAAUCAGACAAAGAAGAAUUACAAUUUUUUCGCUCGCCUUAUCAUGAAAAGAAGUAUUUAGGAAAUAAAAUAUACCCUCCAGAACCAAUUAAAAUUCAAGAGUUGCCUGACUCUGCAUAAGACUUAUUUACUUAUAAACCACACAUAAAUAAUCCAAAUUAAUAACAUAAAAGUAACAAGGGAUCAAUAUUUGAAGAAUCAAAAAGCGUAGAUAUUUAGUUUGUUGAAUAUAUAAGCUCUCCUAUAGUGGUGAAAAACUCAUUUAUCAAUAAUCCUAAUUGCAUGCAUAACUUAGUUAAUAAAAAGAAUCUUAGAUAAACAAACAAUACAAACUUCGUUUUUCAAAGAACUAUAAAUUUAUAAGAAAACAGAAAAAACAUUUUCACUCAAGCUCAAUUAAUUUAAAAGAAAAAUAAUUUCAAGAGUAGAAGCUAAAUAUUUUAGCCACCAUAAUUAGAAACAAUUCUUUAAAAUAAGAUAAUAGUAAAAUAAUAAAUUAAAGAACAUGAAAAGAAUGUCUUCAAAGUUAAAGGUUAAAAUUAAAUACGUUUUUCUAAUUAAGGACUAUCAAAUUUAAAAGCUUAGAGUCAGAUAAAAUUGCCUUCAUUUGCAUAGUCUUUAGAAAGUAUGAACAAUUUUUCAAUAGCAAAAAAUAAUCUAAUCAAAUAUGUUAAUUAAAUUAAAUUAUGA